AUGUCAAAGCUACCACCCAUUCCAAAGAUUGUAGUUCUUCCUGUACCGAAGCCUAUCGAGUUCCCACCACUGCCUAAAAUUGAAAUUCUACCGGAGUUGCCACCACUGCCUGAAGUUAAAAUUCCUCCUCUACCGAAGUUGCCACCAUGGCCUAAGAUUGAGUUUCCUCCUCUGCCCAAGCUGCCACCGUUGCCUAAGAUUGAGUUUCCUCCUUUGCCAAAACCCAAGUUUCCAAAGCCUGAAAUGCCAACCUCGCCACCAAAACCCAAAUGUCCUCCUGAAUUGCAAAAUAUGCCAAAACCUAAACUACCACCAUUUCCCAAGUUCGAAGAACCAAAAUGGCCUUCCCAUCCUGUAUAG